AUGUGGUUGACUCUCGAACUCGUCGACAAGCACCAAAACUUGCACACCGGUCUGGGAGGAGGAGGGUGGCCCUGGUGGGUGAUGGGAAAGUGGUUGCCCCGGUGUGAAAAGCCAAUCAACUCGCCCCCUUGCCUAGAUCUCGAGUGUCGAUGGAAUAUUAACACCGAGAAUGAGCAAAGAUGGAGUCGGUUGGGGAGGGAAUUCAAUCACAUCUUAGGUCAGCGCCAAAUCGGUGUGAUUCCCUCGCACUUGUCCGGAACGCCGUCUCGACGAAUGAUCGCGACCGUACGGCCCUCCGCACAUCCCGCAUUUUUUGGUUCUCCAGACAGCGACUCCUCCCCCCUUUCCGUACCCCAGAUUCACAUGUUGCUUUUUUCUAGGCCACUGGGGGCAGGCAGGGCAGCGGGGAUGGUGCUAGAGCUGUGCACGACGAAGAAUAACAACAACCUCAUGUGCCUAGCACCACUCCUUCAUGGAGAUUCCUUCCUCAGCGACCUGGGUGCGACGUCUUUCUUCGGCGCGAUCGUAAAACCGAGUCAAGUCCCUGUCAACGGAGCUUUGGUCCGAAGCAAGAGAUCAGCCCUUUAUUCUUCGUCGUGGGCGAUGAGGGUGGGAGCAGCUGGUGUUACUAGACAGUACGUGUUUGAUGGUCUAGACAUGGUGGGAUGCCCUUCGCCAUGUGGUAGAGCUAGUCCCGUAAGCCAGCGAGCGGUUAUGAUGCCAUGGUGA